AUGGCGAAUACCGUUAACAGAGUGGACUCGGGCAUCGCUGGCCUCACGAUCUCUACUAAAAUAGAACGAGUCGAUAGAGUAGACUCUGGCAUCGCAGAUGUCUCGGACUCUGCAACGAAGGAGACGGGGGAGCCCCUUACGAGAGUAGACUCGGCCGUCCAGGGCCUCUCUCCGAUGGGGGAGCCUCUUACCAAAGUCGACUCGGCCGUUCAGGGACUCUCUAUCUCUCCGGCUAAGGAGACGGGGGAGCCCCUCACCAGAGUAGACUCGGCCGUUCAGGGCCUCUCUCCGACUGAGGAGACGGGAGAACCCCUUACCAAGGUAGACUCGGCCGUUCAGGGCCUUUCUACUUCUCCUCCCAAGGAGAAGAAGGCUUCUAAAGAAAAGAAGCCUUUGAAGGAGAAGGUCGCUCAUCGACGAACCAGCUCAAGUACACCCACACUACCGAACAUGCAAGAGUUGAAACAGAAGAAGACGAGGAUACAAGUGGCAAUAGAGACACAGGGCACAGGGUGGAAGAUCAACACCUCCACUUCGCAUGUAGAUGAUAAGGACAUACUAUCGAAGCCCUUAGUAACACCGCUUGUGAAAUCCAUCGACCUCCACUUCAGCACAGGCAUUGUCGUGACGGCACGGAAUAAAGCUGGGGUCACUAUCAAGGAUGCCCUGGAGGUCAUCUAUAAGAAGAACAAGAACAAGGCCGACGAUGAACUCAGCGAGCCGUAUCUGAAAGGAUUUGUAUGGGAACCCGAUAGCUUCGAGGGGGACAGCAGCUCCGAUGUACCAAAACAGUACUUGGAUGAAUGGGACAGACUGUAUAUCAGUCUGUCUCAAAUACCGACUGUGGCUACCUCUCGCAGCGGCGGAAAGAAGAAGAAGAAGGCCGCAGCUGAGGCCGAAUAG